CCUUAAUGUCAUUUUAUUGUUUCACGACAGUUCCCUCUGAUAAAUGAAGUCAUUGAUGAUGAUGUAAUGAAUAUUUUCACCGUACACAAAUAUUUGAAUGCGACGCUCAGAAUUUUAUUUUCCAUAUUUGACUUUAAAACAAUUUAUUUCCUUCAUUGGAUGAACAAAAAUUUCUCAUUUGAUGCUGAUGCUGACAAGCUAGAUGGAAGAUAUUAAAAAAAGUUUUCAAAUUGACGCAUUUCGAGGCAGAACAUCAAAGCAAAAAGUUGAUUAUAGGAUGAAUUGAAUGAUGAUAAAAAUUUAUAUCUAUGUAAUUAUCGUACGAUUUAUCCUAUGAACAAAUUCUUUGCUCAAAUAGCAGCUUCUGAAGAUAUACAUAAGUAGAGCUUGAUGCUUUCAAUUAAAGGAAGCGUACGAGCUUAUUUUAGAGAAAGUUUUAAUUGAGAAAUUAAUUGCUGUGAAAGUGAAAACGUGCAUGUGGUUUAAACAGGAAGGUAUGCAUCUAAAUUAUUAGUAUGGAGUAUGCUUCAGGUAAUUUUUGAUAGCUUGGAAGUUUGUAGAAGUGGAAUUAGCACUUUUGGUUUCCUUAAAAUUCAGGAAAUUUUGCUUUCUAAAUUUAACAAAUUAUUUAAUCCUUCUGGAAACAGCUCAAACUUCUAGUCAUUAUGUUAUACCUGGAAGAUUCUUAACCAUUCCUUUAUCAAACUUAAUUUUAAUCUCCAAAAUAUUUUUAUAAGCAUGAAUCACAAACUGUUUAGAUAUGGAAACUUGAUACUUCCUCAAAUCACAAUCAGUUUGCGAUUCAAUUCUCGAACAUUUAACAGGAAAUGAAAUAUUGGAAGCAUCGAAAGUAUCAAAAACAUGGUAUUCAAUUAUUGGCGCAUCCUCAAAAACAAUGCAGAAAUUAAAAUUGAGAUUAUUUUGGCUACGUGGGCAGCAUCGAUUGACGUGUGAAAUGUCGGAUAUUCUAGUCGAGAGCAAUAGACGUUAUCAAAAUGUAGUGAUCAAAUUUCAAUCUCAUCAUAUAGAUGAUUUCAAGCUGAUUAUGGAACCAGAAUGCAGAAAUUGGAAGAAAGUUCAAAUUGAGCGUCUUGUCUUUAAGUCAGCUGGAGAUGUUGUCAAACUUUUGAAAUCAUGUCAAAAUACUGUUGUUGAAUUGGAACUGGAUAAUCUUUACGUAAAAAAUGCAAUUGGAUUGGAGACUUUAAACUUCCCAAAGCUGAAAAGUUUGAGGAAAGCUUACAUUGAAUUUGAAAAUGCAUCAGUUAAUGACAUUUUCACCAAUUGUAAGAAACUUGAAGAAUUGACCAUUAUAUCAGGAAGUAUAAAAGAACGAGCCAUAAAAUCCAUUAAAACCAUCUUAAAGAACAACAACAAUUUAAAGCAUUUAGAAAUGACGUCACAGCAAAUUAAUUCAAUUUUCGAUGAAGACAUGUCAGUCGAUUUUAAGCUUGAUACUUUUAUUGCAACCAGUUACUGCCAUUUACCGCCAAUUGUAGAUUAUAAGCAUAUCAUAUUGAAUCAGUUUCAAAAUCUUAAGAAUCUCUCAGUCGACAGUGUUUCAUGUCCUAACACAUUGAAAUUGAUCUUUAAGAUUCCGAAGCUGAAAUGUCUGAAUAUUGGCAAUAUUGACACAACCUCAAUGUUAUUUACUCACAAGCUUCUAAGCAUCAACAAGUCGAUUGAAGAAUUAGGCUAUCAAGAUCACGAAAAUGAUUUCUACUUUAUGCAAUGCUUAGUGGAUGCUGUACCAAAAUUAAAGAAAGCUGAAUUCUUUUCAUUGACACAAAACAUGAUGGAGUACAUGUCAUCAAGUUUAAAAGAACUCGAAGCAUUAAAACUUCGAUCACUUGAUGUCACUAAUUUGUCAUCAAAAGAUUUAUUCCCAAAAUUAAAGAAAGUUAAAAUUGACAUUUUGUCAGCGAAUUUGCACGAACAUAUGUUAUCGAUACCUUUUGACGACUGUAAUCCUUUGGUGAUGCUUUUAAAGGAUUCAGGUUAUAUCAUUUUAAAUUAACAAUUCUGAUGCAGACAUGGCACAAACAUUUAUCUCCUUUAUCUACUCAUUCAUUCAUCAUGCAUGACACAUUUAUGUUUAUAUUUUUUUUAUCUUGUGAAAAUUCCACUCAAUAAUAAUAAAAGAACGGCAUUGAGGAUGACAAAUGAACAGAAUUUUCUUCAAUAUUUGCUUUCAGCCUACCAGUUUUUCGAUAUUUUUAUGUCAGACGGCAUGAAUAGAAAAAAACUUGUUCUCUCAAUAAUUUUUUAAACGAUUGCUAUUUGCUAUUAAAUGAUGACUACAUUGAUGUAUUUUCUUGGAACUGUUUGCUCUACUUUGUGACUUGUUCAGAUUAAAAAUUGCAAGAUAGCUGUAGAUUUCCAGAAUGUGUGAUAAGUAUUGUAUGAACUUGCUUUAUCACCAGAAUAUUUAAUGAGCAUUUUAAGUUCAAUUGAAUCUCAAUUUGUAUUAGGGAUCGUUCACUUAUGACGUCCGAUAUUAACGGUCAUUUUUCAAAAAAGAACAUUGGAAUUCCAGGAAUUUCUAUUGUUCUUUUCUUGCUGACCCCCCC